AUGGUUGAUGAUUUAUUUAGCUUGGGUCCUGAAUUCCUCGUGUGCCAUGUGUGCUUAAGAGACCUGAUACUCACUGUGGGCCUGCUUGGUGCUGUUGCCAGUGAACCAGCAUGGUGCAGGAACUGGUGUCCUCAUACAGUUACUAAGACGGUGACUUGCCAGGUGCAGAAUGGGACAGUCCUCCAGCGGGUCUACCAGACAUGCCACUGGCCGCACGGAUGUACAGGGAGCAGUUACAAGACUGUGGUCAGACCUUCCUAUAAAGUGGUGUACCGCACUGUGACCUCUCUGGAGUGGAAGUGCUGUCCAGGAUUCAGUGGUGCAGCGUGUGAAGAAAAUGCAGGGAUCCAUCUUUUGGCUCAGGAGGUAAUAAGGAAGCCAUCCACACUACGCCGGCCACCUGCGCGCACAGGAGAGCCAGUCUCUAGUAAAGAGAGCUGUCUUUUAGAUUGCCUCAACUGCAGUCGAAUCACUGCUUUGAGUGACAGGCUGAACUCACUGGAGGCGAAGGUCCAGUUACUCUCCGCCCCGGUCUCUAUAUCACAUCACCACCUUCAGGGUAAGGGAGGAACUGCACCAGAGACCUCAUUACUGAAGGGGGCUGUGCCCGCUCAGGGAGCCCCUGGUGAGCAGGGACCUGCAGGUCCUCAGGGUGAAAAGGGCAGAGAUGGGCUUCCUGGCAGAGAUGGGAAGCCAGGGUCUCAAGGGCUGCCCGGUCCCAGUGGGCCUCGAGGGGAGGCUGGGGCAAGGGGCCCAUCUGGAGGCCCUGGAGUGAAGGGAUCCCCAGGAUCAGCAGGCCCCCGUGGUCCACCAGGACCUCCAGGAGAGAGGGGUCUACCAGGCCCACCUGGGCCUCCAGGGCCCCGAGCACCAGCCAAUGCUCGCAUCCCAGAACCAGACCACAAUCGUGGAAAAAACUCCUUCUUCACCAACACUUUCCAUGACUCACAAGGGUUGCCUGUUCCCGGACCUCAGGGCCCCCCUGGGCCUGUUGGUCCCCCAGGUCCCAAAGGCCCAGCAGGACCUCCUGGCCCGCCAGGACUGAAUGGCAAACCUGGAGCUCCUGGAACAGAGGGCCCCGUGGGGCCAAAGGGAGAGCGUGGCGAGAGAGUGAGUACACUGACAGCCAGAUAA